CUUUGUUUUGAGCUACACACGCUUCCCCACAUUUCUCUCAUUAAUCCCGGAAAAUAGUAGUUUUUUCAAACACCAUACACAAAUCGGACACUGGAAAACCGAUCACCAUCCAUCCAGUUUCCCGUUCUCCAGCGUACCAGUUUCAACGUUCUCCACCCAGCAUCAGUACUGCUUACAAAACAGCGUAACAAGAAAAGCAAAAAAAUCCUGUAACGCCCCGAGUAAAAGUGACUCUCUCUGCGCCCAACAGUAGUCCCAGUGUGUGAACCGUUUUAUUAUCCAGUGUACAGUGUGUUUUAAAAUCCGUCAAAAUAACCACCUUCGAAGCAAGCAUCAUUGAAUCCUUCGCCGAAAUGGAGGACAUCAAAAUGGUCAAGAUCGCGGACAUCAACCUGUCCGAUGAUCCGGCAGUAACGCUCACCAUACGGCUCAUCAUGCAAGGAAAGGAAGUCGGAAGCAUUAUCGGAAAAAAGGGCGAGAUCGUCAAGCGGUUCAGAGAAGAGUCCGGCGCAAAAAUCAACAUAUCAGACUGCUCGUGCCCGGAACGAAUCGUGACGGUGUCCGGAUCGAGAAGUGCGAUCUACAAAGCCUUUACACUAAUCACGAAGAAGUUCGAAGAGUGGUGUUCCCAGUUUCAAGACAAUACGAAUACACAGGGCAAACCACAAAUUCCAAUUCGUCUGAUUGUACCAGCUAGUCAGUGUGGCUCUUUGAUCGGAAAAGGUGGUUCUAAAAUCAAAGAAAUUCGUGAAAUCACCGGCUGCUCGAUACAGGUUGCAAGCGAAAUGUUGCCAAACUCAACGGAACGAGCCGUUACGCUGAGCGGUUCCGCUGAAGCCAUUACGCAAUGCAUCUAUCACAUAUGCUGUGUCAUGCUGGAGUCACCACCGAAGGGUGCCACAAUUCCGUACCGGCCAAAGCCACAGGUGAAUGGGCCGGUAAUAGUGGCUAAUGGUCAGGCGUACACCAUUCAGGGUAACUACGCCGUCCCGGCACAGGAGGUUUCGGGAAUCGCUAAAAAUCCGCUUGCGGGUCUAGCAGCACUUGGAUUAGCUGGUGCGAUUCCCUCCAACACCGGUGGACUUAACCCAACUGCUCUCGCCGCUUUGGCCGGUUCUCAACUGCGAACCAACAACAACCGCAACGUAGCUCCAGUUCAGUCCCAAUCACACGAAAUGACCGUGCCAAACGACCUGAUAGGUUGCAUUAUCGGUAAGGGUGGCACCAAGAUUGCAGAGAUCCGCCAGAUUUCCGGCGCCAUGAUACGCAUUUCCAACUGUGAGGAGCGCGACAGCGGCAACACAGACCGAACGAUCACCAUCACCGGCAACCCGGACUCGGUCGCACUGGCGCAGUAUCUGAUCAACAUGAGCUUUAGAAGUGGUGAUGGUGGUAGCAAUGGCAGCGGCAGCAGCAGCAGUAUCCUCCGACCGAUGACAAACACCACGAUGGCGGCAGCGGCGGCGGCGGCCAGCGUACGGAACGGCAAUGCAGUGGCGGCGGCAGCGGCAGCAGCAGCUGCAGCGGCGGCCGCAUCCGGUCCGGGCAGUGCGGCUGGCAUCGGUUACAACGGCAUGACACCGGCGGUCGGCACGGUUGCCUUUCCCUUUCUGCGCUACGGACUCAACCUAGAUCGGAAGUAAUGAGACACAUCACACACCGCCAUACAUUGGUAGCUGGCAGCAGCCCGACGUCUCGAGGGGAUGAACACAACCGGCAGUAACAUCGCGAUUAUACAACUUCAACGAGAUUAACUGGUGCACCAUAGAAGAAGGAUUCAUGUUCGUCGUAUCGAAAGUAAGAACAGUCAAGUAGGCAAGCACUUUUUAAAUUAUUCGUUCGUACGUCACAAUCUGACAUUCGCCGCCACAUCAGCUAGCAGAGGAAACAAUUUAAAGAAGAAGCAAAAAAACUGCAAGCGAUCUGGUAAUCCGGAGUGUGCCGUUUGUAAAAACAAAAAGAUACUAAAACCGAAAAACUACAAAGCUUGAAAGGGAUCAUACAAUGAAUUACACACUGCUGGCAGGAUGGUGCUGACUGCUGUGUGUCGCUGUGAGGACUUGUGGGAGGUAAACAGAGAGCAAAGAUGAUACACACAUCACAUCACAUUUCGUAUAGUUCAAUUAUCAUAGAAUAUCGGCUAUAUUGAAACUGAUUUAGUGUUUAGAUCUACGUUUUGUGUUCUUUUAUGUACAUGUUUUGUGUUUUGUUUUCCUUUCUCUCCCAAUAAUUGUAUUGUUUUUCGUUUUAGUUGUCGUCCCGAAAUGUUUUAUACGCUUGCUGGGCCGAGCAUUACAUUAGAGCAGCCAGUAGAAUUGCUGUUCCAAUAGUGGACGGUUGGAAUAUUCACCGCGGCUCGUUAGCAAACGGCAAUUAGGCUAGAACGCAAGGCAAAUCUCUAGGAAACACAACUGUUCGUGUGGCGUACGUGGCGAAUAUAGUGGCGCACCGCGAAGCGUGAAAUACACUGUGAAAAUGUGGUAAAAAAGAUGCUUUAACAAAAUUUCCCAUUUCGGCAACGCUCUAAAAGUCGGAAUUAGUAUACAUUUGGUUUUCGUGGUGAAUUAGGCAGUAAAUAGUUAGCUUUUUUCGUGUAUGUAUUUGUUUGUUUUGUUUUGUUUUGUUUUUGUUCGCGCUUUUAGAGAAGGCAUUUAGGAAAAGACAAACGCUGCGUUGCGAUCAAAUAUAGUAAAAUAAAUAGCGAUAUCCAAGCAAAAGGUAAAGCAAAAGGGGGAAACAUUGAAGGAUAAUGUUGACAAAAAAAAAAAACAAACCAACGUACCGAAUGUAGGUCUAUUAUAUAUUAUUGUUUUGUUUCAAAU